AUGGCUUCAUCUGGUAACGACCGUAUUUUAUGGCUUUGUCUAGGAGUCACCCUCUUCUUUGCUGCACGAGGCAUCGCUGUAGAGCUCUACCGAGUGAAAGACCUUACGGAAAUAAGGAAGAUUGAGAAGGAGGAUCCAGUUAUUGGGCAGGCAACAGAAGAUGCCUUGAGACUAGAGACACUCCAGAGGCUCGCGGGAAGCUCUAGUUUUGACCUCCGUGCUGCAGCUCUGAGAAUUAUAUCGGAACGAUCAACCAAGGGCACGACAAAGGAAUUACUUUUGGACGACCUUGCUGGCGAUGAUCCGGAACGCAGACGGAAAGCUCUAAAUGCACUGAACUUUCUUAUAUCUAGCUCAGCGUUAGGUCGUUCGAGUGUUUCUAUGCGGCUAAAGGAUUUUUCCACCUUCUGUGCUCUUAUCGAUUGCCUAUGCAACUUCCUCCAUGAACAUACCCAAAAGACAAAUGAUGUAAUAUCUCCCAUCUGCCCGCAGACCCGGCCGCCCGGGGAAAACAAGGCCUUGAAAACGCUCAGCGUGAUGCUGCCUGGGAACGUUGUAUCUGCCCUGGAUGCUGGGGUUGUCAGUCGAUGGCUGACGUUCUAUCCAUUUCCGUGUGUCUUACGUGACAUGUCCAAGAAGCGGAGCAUUGUGUUUAUGAUGAAAACAUGGUGGGCCGAUGAUCCAGCCAUGGGGUCUAUCAUAAAUACCAUAUCCUCGGAUCAAGAAGGGUUGAAGCACCUGAGAAAAUAUGGGUUGAUGGGCAGCAGAAUGGAAGAGCACACCACAGGCCUAUUUGGCGAUGAAAUCCACGGUAACGGGGGUGGUACCCUAAUCUACGGAGUUGAUCAUCUACGGAAUUAUGAAACCUCGGACUCCGGUUCAGAUGCAGAUAGUGAUGUCUGGAUGAUCGACGGUGAAGCGACGGCGGGUAUUUCACCCUGGCUUAAUAGUCGCCCACAGGAAAAUUCUGCUGAAGAGCAGGCACUUCGCAGGCGCCGCAGAGAAGCCAUGGUGUUUAGUGAAGGCAGUCGGCCGUUGGUUGAAGACAAUAUAUUUCACCCUGUUAGUUCCCCUGAUUCUGACAUGCCAGAGGAGGACUGGGAGCUGGGAGACAGCGAUCCAUCUUGGGCAACUCAAAAUUCCGCUGGGCUCGACGCUCAAGACGACCGUGAACCAGAAACCACUCGUAGCCAGUGGCGGCUAUGGCCUUUCUGA